UGGUUAUGGAUCGCAAGAGGUUCUUGGCUUUCUCGAUGAACCAAAGGACAUAGAAUCCCAACCCUGAAUCGGAGGGAAGUUUGGAGUUGUAGAUGCACACGAGAAGCGAGAAUAGGAAGCCCAUUUGUUCAUUUCUCAAUCUUGUCGUCGUGCAUAUCAAGUUCUUGGAGUUCUUGAGCAGCCUUAUCGGAAUCGUUGUUGCUGGCAUCAUCCUUGGGAAUACGGGGGCAGAGUUUGCCGAGCAGGAUUCUGUCUGUCUCAUCGAUGCCGAUGUCGAGAUGCAGAUCUUUGUCAAGUCCCUCACCGGCAAGACCUUGGCCGUCAACGCCCAGGCUGGCGAAACCGUCAACAAUGUCAAGGCCUUGAUCCAGGAGCGCGAGGGUAUCGCUGCUGCUGUUCAGCGUCUGUCCUUCGCAGGCAAGACCCUCUCCUCCGAGACCCUCCUUGCUACCAUCCCCGCGAUGGCCACCUUGGACCUCAACAUUGACCUGUUGGGAGGUGCUAAGAAGCGCAAGAAGAAGACCUACACCACCCCCAAGAAGAUCAAGCACAAGAAGAGAAAGGUCAAGCUGGCCGUUCUUAAGUUCUACCAGGUCGACAACAACGGCAAGAUCACCCGUCUCCGCCGUGAGUGCCCCUCCGAGACCUGCGGUGCUGGUAUCUUCAUGGCCUGGCACCACGACCGUCAGUACUGCGGUCGCUGCGGUCUGACUUACGUCUUCAAGAAGGAGGGCGAGACUGCCUAA